CAACGCGACGAUUCACGUUGUCUCGAUUAAGUGUCUAAAAUUUGGUGAUUUUGGCAAACCUAAAAAAAUUUGGCUGUUACAUUAAUUAUAAAAAUUUAAAAUGGGUGUACCUGCAGGAAACGCUGAAAAUGGAAAGAAAAUUUUUGUACAACGAUGUGCCCAGUGCCACACUGUUGAAGCUGGUGGCAAACACAAAGUAGGACCGAAUCUACAUGGAUUCUUUGGCCGAAAAACUGGCCAGGCUGCAGGAUUCUCAUACUCCGAUGCCAAUAAAGCUAAGGGCAUUACAUGGAAUGACGACACUCUCUUUGAAUAUCUUGAGAAUCCCAAGAAAUACAUCCCUGGAACCAAGAUGGUAUUUGCUGGACUCAAGAAGGCAAAUGAGCGUGCUGACCUUAUUGCCUAUCUCAAAUCUGCUACCAAGUAAUUUUAAAGUAAUAGAAAAUUCCAUAAGAAGCAUUUUCCAUAACAUUUCUGGAAUCUACUUCUUAUUUAGCCCAAUCAGUAUGAUCAGUUAUGUAUUCAGCAAUGUUACAAUUGCACUAUAAUAUUAAAGUAUUUGUUAGUUCCAAAUCACAACACAAUC